CCAGACUAGAAGGAGCCUUGAUUCAUGUCACUGUGUUUAUGUAAAUGUGGGCUAUCAGUGAUUUCAAAUUGCAUCAAUCGAUCUACAUUUCGACUCGGUCUACUGUUUUCCUCACAACGUCGUGGUGUAUGGGUGGCGACAGUUAUGGCAAUGAAACUUUUACUGUGGAUGGUAGGUUAACAACAGCUGAAUAGUUCAUGUUUGUUGUUUCUGUCAAGCUUUGUAUAUGGUUUCAAAGUGCUUGUGGUGAAGUUGACUUACUCUUCAUUAGUGGUAGUUGGCUUACUAACAGAUGUAGAUAUUGUAAAUUACAACAAUGUAUGACAGCAACAUUGACUAGCGAAAUUGGAUGAUUAUGCUACAUGUAUUGGUGACACUAAAAUAUAUUUUGGAGUGAUUGUGUACUCAGAGUUUGAAGUGAACUUUAAACUCUAUGCACCAGUCUUAAUUAAUAGAACAUUCCUUUGAGUAUGCUUAUUCCUGUGUCUAAUAGAAGGAAUCGCUUGAAUUACAUUUAUUUGUCUAGCAGCGGUGAGAAAAUCUGUAUGUAUGUAUGUAUGUAUGUAUGUAUGUAUGUAUGUAUGUAUGUAUGUAUGUAUGUAUGUAUGUAUGUAUGUAUGUAUGUGUAGAGUUUUAGUCAAGUUUCAAUCUACUUAAUAUUAACAUGUAUGCAUUUCUUUUUUAUGGGUAUUCGGCCUAUCUGGCAAAGGCAUUGACUCAGGACUAAGCCCAGAGUUUUUCCUUGUGGAAGGCAACCAUCACCAAAACUGAUGACGAUCCACUAGUUCAAUUAAGACAGAAACUUUUUCACGUUUGACACGCGGAAAGAAUGUCGGAAAGGGCCGAUGAUGACGUCAGGGGCGAACAGCGCAGAGUGGCCAGGCAGCUGAAGCAGCAACAGCAGCAGCAUAUCCAGCGGGGAGAAAGCUCCACAGCAAUGGCGACUGUUGCGGAGCGGAGAUCCCUGCCUAGUCCAGAAAUAAUGUUCGGACAGCCUUGGAGCAACUGGGUCGAUGCUUCCAAACUUCACGGCAACGACGGUGCAGAUUCGGAGGAAAGUUUAAAAGACUUCGGGAGGAACCGAGAAGCCAUGCGCUUGUGCAGAGAAGACAUGCCCAUAUUUGGCCAGUGUCCCGCGCAGGACGACUUCUACCUGGUCAUGUGCAGCCACUGCAGUCAGGUAGUCAAGCCGCAGGCCUUCCAAGCACAUUACGAGAGAAGACACAGCUUGGCCAGCAAGCCCACUCCCAUCCUGGUACGACCCUCUGCGGUGGGCCCCAGCGACUCCUCCUCCAACUUCAAACUCCUUAAAGCAGCCAAAGAAAAGAGAAAACCCCCCUUCAUACCAUUCAGGGAGCUGCAGCCAGACAAGAUACUUACUGCAGCCGUCAAGGUUGAGAAGAUCCACCUGAAGGUCGACCCAUCGGCCAAGCUAACCCAGGCCCCCUCUGCCAUGGCCACCGCCUCCACCACCACCUCCUCCUCCUCCGCUGGCACCACUGUGAGCUCCAAUACCGCAACGGUCACCUCCUCAUCCUCCUCGUCAUCGGCCCUCAAGCCAGGCCUUAACUCGCCCUCCAUACCAAAGCCCCCCUUGCUGGCCCCCGGGCAGAUCCCGAAUGGCAAGGGCCACACGUCUGUCCUUUCGGAGAAGAGGCAGGAGAGCAGCAAUGCCAGUAGCAGACGACACCUUUACAAGAGAUUGUCAGACCGAGAAUUCAAUCCAGAUAUUCAUUGUGGUGUUAUGGACAUGACCGCCCGGAAACCAUGCACAAGGUCACUUACAUGCAAGACACAUUCCUUAAGCCAGCGGAGAGCUGUGACCGGGCGCAGGAAACGCUUCGACACGCUGCUGGCGGAGCACAAGAACAGGGCCAGGGACCGGGAGAGGGAGCUCCAGCACCCCCACUCCCAGCAGACUCCCCCUCUCAGGGAACCCCACCUGCCCUCGCGCCUCCCCGCCGCCACCACCCACGAACCCCACCAGGCGGUCCACGGCAACGGCCCCGCCGUCGCCGAGGUCGUCGUCAAGUCUCCUGCCAAGCCUCGACCCUACAACUCCGGUGUCCCCCGACUGAACAGUAGCCAUGGAGCUGGGGUUCCCCCCGGGGAGCCCGCCGUGGUCCAUGACGCCCCCCACCAGCCGCCCAGUGCCCCGGACGGCGUGUCCCGCCCCUCAAGCGACGAGGGCGAGAACGAGGUCGGCGAGGAGAACGCCGACCGACUGGACUGUCACUAUUCAGGUUCCCACCCUCGACCGGCGGCUUAUUGUACUUUUGGAAGUCGGCUGUUUGGCAGAGGCUCCCACACGUUUGACCGGCGCUGGGACCGCAUGCGUUGUGCGUUGACUGCCAUGAUGGACAGGCACGUCAACUCGCAGAUGUGGAAGAAAAUCCCAAUGGCCUUGGAGAACUCCUCUUCCUCGUCCUCCGUCACCCCCGCCCACAGGACAAGCACAAACUCCCACGGUAGCACCUCCUCCCCGGGCUUCCUUAGCCCCGCCGGCACGCAGCCGCACUACGGCCAGUCGUACGAGGGCCGCUCGGCGCUCUCCUACGGCACGGCGCCCAACGCCCGCGCCUCGCCGCAGGGCGGGGCCGACCACCCGGCCUACGGCGCCACGCAGGCCCGGCAAGUGUCUUCGUCGCCGCAGAUGCCUUCAGCCCACUCCUCCUCCCCCCUGGCGCCUCCCCCCGCCUCAGUCCGGGCGUUCAAGUCCCGCUCCUCCUCUUCCUCCGGCGGCGGCGGGGCAGGCAAGGCGGCGUCCUUCAGGCCCCGGGAGAGCUCGUCAGGCUCCUCCUCCACGCCGGUCACGCCCAGCUCCUUAGGCGGGGGCGGGGGGAUCAACAGCACCAGUAGCAACGCUAGCUUCAGCUCGGGGAAGAAGAGGAAGAACAGCUCCUUCCUCGCCUCGUCCCACGGCCCCGCCUCCGACUCCCCCUCGUCGAACGCCAACUCCUCCUCCUCCGCCACCUCCGCCUCCUUCAAGAAGAACUGUGGCAGCGCCCCGGGCAGCUCAGGUAGCACCCACCACCACGGCUCGCCGGCGCUCUCCUCCGCCGCCACGCACAGCGGCGUCCACAGCAUGGGACUGAACUGUGGCCCCACGGUGCGCACCAACUCCCUCAGCCUGAAGGCGGAGCCCAGCGGGGGGCCCGCCGGAGGCUCCUCCUCGGGGCCCUCGCCGCGGGGCCCCCCGUCGGGCAGCCCCGCAGAGUCCAUCAAGCGCAUGAGCGUGGUGAUGAACAGCAGCGACUCGACGCUGUCGCUGGGGCCCUUCGUCCACCACCACCACCACCACAACCACCACCACCACCACCAGUCCUCCUCGGAGCACCACGCCGGCUUCGGCCACCACGCGUCCGACGGCCGCCUGGACGGCAAGAAGCGCAAGAGCUCCCCGGCCGGCGGUGGGGGUGGGGGUGGGGGUGGAGGCGGGGUCGGCGGGCUGGGCGUUCCCGGAGGUGGUGGCGGCGGCCCGGGGGGGGGCCCGGGUAGACCCAAGGUGGCCAAGUCGCCCUCCAUUAACAACAUCCACGGGAAGCACGGCCGCAGCGUGGCGGGCGGCCCGGGGCUGCCCAACAACGCUCACCUCCACCAGCCGAAGGCUCGCCCCUGACAGCGGUGCCCGGGUUCUAUGUAUGGAAACGGCAGGCGGAGGGGGCGGAGUCCAGAGCCGUCGGCGCUCAGAAUGCACGAGGCCUUCUAGAAGACAAGUCACGAGCGGAACCCAGACGACUCCCCCCUCCCCCCGCGGGUCUCAUACUUCUACCUUCAGCUUCCCACAAUCCUCAGGGUGGAGAUGACGGAGAGACCGGUGACGUUAACGCAAACCUCAACAUUGGCACGGCCAUUUAGUGAACACACCAGUUCUCCCAAAGCCAUGUGC